AUGGCCGCUGCGGGGAGACCGCCGGCGCCGUGCGGAGGGGCAGGCCCCUACCCCCUCGCCGCUCCGUACCCCCUCGCCGCGUACCCCCUCGCCGCGUACCCCCUCGCCGCCUGCCCGUUCCCCUCCUCCUACGGGGGGCCCUGCCCGGGAUUCCCCCCCUCGACCCUGGCGGGGGUCGCGCUCCACGCGCAGAGCGACUUCCACGCAGUCGGACCCUACGGCGUGGAGGUGUGGAGCGGCGAGGUGGCUGAGCUGGGACUCUCUUCCUCCACGACCUCCACCACCUCCACCACCUCCACCUCGUCAUCGUCGUCGUCUUUGUCGUCGCUAGGCCCUCCACUCCAUCGCCGCCCGUGCGCUGUCUGCCUGGACCGCUCCUCGGGCCUCCACUACGGAGUCGUCUCCUGCGAGGGCUGCAAGGGUUUCUUCCGCCGCAGCGUGCAGAAGAGGGCCACGUACGAGUGCGCCCAGGAGCGGCGCUGCGCCAUCAACAAGCUCACGCGCAACCGCUGCCAGUUCUGCCGACUGCAGGGAUGCCUGGCCGCGGGCAUGUCGCGCGAGUUGGUGAGGAACGAGCGUGGGAAGAGGCGCAAGGAGGAGUGCGACGAGGAGGAGGAGGAGGAGCGGGGGGACGAGGCGGGAGAGGGGGAGACCGAGAUGGACGCCCUGAUACAGGAAGUUCGGCAGGCUCACCAAGACACCUUCCCGUCACUCCACCAGCUUGGCAAGUACACUACGAAGUCGAGCUCGGACCAGCGCGUGCAUCUGGACCUGGGCCUGUGGGACAAGUUCAGCGACCUCUCCACCCGCUGCAUCGUCAGCAUCGUGACCUUCGCCAAGCGCGUGCCGGGCUUCGACUCGCUCUCCAUCGCCGACCAGAUCACGCUGCUCAAGGGCGCGUGCCUCGAGAUCCUGGUUCGUCCGCUGGCGCUGGACGACGCAGAGGCCGCGCUGCUCAGCGCCGUCUGCCUCGUGUGCGGCGACCGCGAGGGGCUGGAGGAGGCGGCGCGCGUCGAGCGCCUGCAGGAGCCGCUGCUGGCGGCGCUGGAGCGACACGCGGGGCGGCGGAGACGCCCGGCGCAGCCCCGGGCCUUCGCGCGCAUCCUCAUGGCCGUCACCGACCUGCGCGGCAUCGGCGCCAAGGGCGCCGAGCGAGUCCUCACCCUCACCACCGAGAUCCCCGGCUCCUUGCCGCCGCUCAUCCGCGAGAUGCUCGACGGCACGGAGCGCACGCCACCGCAUUCCACCGCCGGGGGCAAUCGCCACGGUGGACACGGCGGCGGUGGCGGACACGGCGGCGGCGGGCACGGUGGACACGGCGGCGGGCGGUGA